AUGCCACUCUUUGAGCUGGCAGCGGCGAGUCUCUUAGUUGCCGGUGCGAAGCUCGCGGACUCGGACUCCCCCAUGGCCAGCUCGGAGGCACGUGAGACCUGGGAGGCCUGGGCCAAGGAGGCCGCAGAGGAGGCGUCCUCGCCACGGCAGGAGCGGCAGGAGCGGCAGGAGCGGCACGAGGUUCAAGGGACGGAGAGGCGGAGGGAGCUGGAUGCAGACGCGCUACCGCAAACUGCUCGGACUGCUCGUGCCCCCGAUGCUUUGCCGGACGCGGAGGAGGAGGAGUGGGUGAUGCUGGAGCCUGCGAAGGGUUUCGCUGAUGAGAGAUGGGAGAUGCCACACCUCUUGUCCCUCACGCCCCCGGAUGCCUCGCAUGCAAUAUGA